GCCGGCUGCGGGGCGGGUGGGGGGACCGCGGUGACGGAAAGCGGCAGCUGGGGGACGGCGGAGGCGGCUGGGCGCUCCCCCCCCACCCGCCAGAGGAAGAUGGAGCUCGGGUAGCGAGGGCGGGUAGCGAGGAGCGGCGGCGGCAGGCACAUAAUACUCCAGAGCUUCAAAAUCAGAAGUAAAUUCAUCUGGACAGUUGCCACCUGCCUUCCUAAAUAGGAGGAAAGAGGGAUUAUCGGUGCCUGCCUCAUUUGCUUCACCAAAAUGAGAUAGGGCAUGCAGGAGAGAAGGGAUAGUUUUGCAAGUGGAAGCUACAAUGAUUUCUCAGGGGACACAAUUUUGCUUAUUCAUACCUUUUACUGUGGCAAAAAUGGAGUAUUUUCCUUACCAAAAACCAGCAGCAUAACGCCUAUCAGACACUUGCCUCAAGGAAAUCUUAUGAAAAGUCUGUUCACAAUGGAUGCCUUCUAGCCAAUCGGCGAGUCCUGCUGCUGCCUCAUGUCUGGCAGCAUCUCUGAAUGAUCACAUGACUCUUGAUAUGGAUGCAGUCCUGUCAGACUUUGUUCGGUCCACAGGGGCAGAACCAGGUCUGGCCAGAGACUUACUAGAAGGCAAAAACUGGGACUUGACAGCAGCUUUAAGUGACUAUGAGCAGCUCCGGCAGGUGCACACCGCCAACCUGCCACAGGUGUUCAACGAGGGCAAGUACUGCAAGCAGCCCGAGCCCGAGCAGCCUCCUCAGGUGACAAAGGCCGAGCGGCCCUGCCUGCAGCGGCAGGAUGACAUCGCUCAAGAAAAGCGGCUUUCCAGAGGCAUUUCUCAUGCCAGCUCAGCCAUAGUCUCUCUUGCUCGAUCACAUGUAGCAAAUGAAUGCAGCAAUGAACAAUUUCCUUUGGAGAUGCCCAUCUACACAUUCCAGCUACCAGACCUUAGUGUGUACAGCGAAGAUUUCAGAAGCUUCAUUGAACGUGACUUAAUUGAGCAGGCAACAAUGGUUGCUUUGGAGCAAGCAGGUCGUUUGAACUGGUGGUCCACAGUGUGUACAAGCUGCAAACGUCUUCUUCCCUUGGCCACAACAGGUGAUGGAAACUGCCUCCUGCAUGCUGCCUCUUUAGGAAUGUGGGGAUUUCAUGACCGGGAUCUUGUUCUACGGAAAGCACUCUACACUAUGAUGAGAAGUGGAGCUGAAAGGGAAGCACUGAAAAGAAGGUGGAGAUGGCAACAGACCCAGCAGAAUAAGGAGUCAGGUUUAGUGUAUACAGAAGAAGAAUGGGAGCGGGAGUGGAAUGAACUGCUUAAGCUGGCAUCAAGUGAGCCUCGCACGCAUUUCAGCAAAAAUGGAGGCACUGGUGGUGGGGUUGAUAAUUCAGAAGAUCCAGUGUAUGAGAGCUUAGAAGAGUUCCACGUGUUUGUCUUGGCCCACAUUUUAAGACGACCUAUUGUUGUAGUAGCAGACACAAUGUUACGAGACUCUGGUGGAGAAGCAUUUGCACCUAUACCAUUUGGAGGAAUUUAUUUGCCACUUGAAGUUCUACCUAACAGAUGCCAUUGCUCACCUCUGGUUCUAGCCUAUGAUCAGGCACAUUUCUCUGCUCUUGUUUCCAUGGAACAAAAAGAUCAACAGAGAGAGCAAGCGGUGAUCCCCCUGACUGACUCUGAACAUAAGCUACUGCCUUUGCACUUUGCGGUCGAUCCUGGGAAAGACUGGGAAUGGGGAAAAGAUGACAAUGACAACACCAAACUGGCCAAUUUGAUUCUGUCUCUUGAGGCAAAGCUUAAUCUUCUACACAGCUAUAUGAAUGUAACGUGGAUACGCAUACCAUCUGAAACACGGCAGGCCCCUUUGGCUCAACCAGAAUCCCCUACAGCUUCAGCUGGGGAGGACGUUCAAUCUCUGGCUGACUCAAUGGACUCGGACCGAGAUUCCAUCUGUAGUAAUUCCAACGGCAGUAAUGGAAAAAACAAUAAAGAAAAAGAAAAGGACAAACAGAGGAAGGAUAAAGACAAAAACAGGACGGAUUCAGUUGCCAAUAAAAUAGGAAGCCUCAGUAAAACCCUAGGAAUUAAGCUGAAAAAGAAUAUGGGCGGUCUUGGAGGCCUGGUGCAUGGCAAAAUGAGCAGGGCAAAUUCAGGGAAUGGAAAAAACGGUGACACCAUGGAGAAAGUCAAAGAGAAGAAGUCCAAGUCUCGAAAAGGAAGCAAAGAAGAAUCUGGGCAGUCUGCAAGCACUUCUCCGUCUGAAAAGACCACCCCAUCUCCUACUGACAGAGCUAGCAACUCACCCAUUGAAAAGAUGAACACAAAAUCCUUGUCUGACAAGCAGGCUGAUCCAUGGAAAUACAGCACUGAUGUGAAACUCAGCCUCAAUAUUUUGAGAGCGGCCAUGCAGGGUGAACGCAAGUUUAUUUUUGCUGGCCUGCUUUUGACCAGCCACAGGCAUCAGUUCCAUGAGGAGAUGAUUGGUUAUUACCUAACCAGCGCACAGGAGCGUUUCAAUGCUGAGCAGGAACAGAAAAGAAAGGAUGCUGAGAAAAAGGCUGCGCUGAAUGGGUCGUCUAGUAGGAAGCUGGAGCCAGAAGCGUAUUCAAAAGAGAAGUCAGAAACAUCUCCUCAGGAUAGGGCAUCACCUGUCUUGCCUCAAAGCCAUACGACUCAACUGGUUUUAAAAUUUAAAGAUCGCACUAGUCCCACUCCGGGGUCAUUUUCUUCACCUAGUAAUGGUGCUAAGAAAAGUGGACCCAUUCCAGUGUCUGCCCACUAUAGCCAUACACCACCUGUUCAAAGGCAGAGUGUCAUCCAUUUGCAUGAUGUCAACUCCAAGCCAUCGAGCUUCCAAGAUGACACUUACAAGCCAGUGGUUGGCACAUUAAAAACCUGUGCCACGUAUCCCCAACAAAACAGAUCACUGUCUUCUCAGAGCUACAGCCCGGCCCGGAUAACUGGUAUCCGCACAGUGAACACAGUGGAAUCACUGAGCUAUGCCAUGCCUACUGAACACAAGUCUCAGACAUACACUAAUGGAUUUAAUACUGGCGACAUUAGAGACUGCUUAGAAUAUGCUGAUGAGGAUGCUCCUCAGACCUGGUUGAACAAUGAUAAAAAUCAAGGCAGAAGCACAGUUUGCCCAAUAUAUCCCAUCCAGCAAAACCGCUGUAAGAAGGAUAACUGUUCCUUUUAUGGUCGUCCUGAGACUGACAAUUACUGUUCGUACUGCUACAAAGAAGAGCUGAAGCGCAGGGAGAGGGAAAGUAAGGGACACAGGCAUUGAGGAUUCUUCCGUGACUACAUUUAGUUUUACCAUUUUCUUACUUGCAGAGUAAACAGUGUUGAAUUGCAGUAAAAGGAAUCCUUCAAAAAAGAAUAAAGGAUUGAUGAGUAAAUAGUGUCUAGCUUUUCGCUUUUCCUGGGCAAUGAGGAAAUAAUAGGAUUAAUUUAUCAUAAAAAAAUAUAUAUUAUUUUCCAUUUUGUCAGUGUCUUUUUUACAUACUCUGGGUAAGCUGAAGGGUUGUUUACUUCUUUGUCAGUGCUGUGUGUAUGUUUGGUCAAAAAUUUACUAAUGGUGCCUGAAUUUACACUGACAUCACUCAGGUAGUAGUAUGAUAGGGGAAAGUCAUAAUACCGGAGAUGUGGUGUUGUAGUAGGGUAGUAUCUGCCUUGUAAACAUUUGAAAUUCUAUAGCUGUCAUGAGAGUAUUUUUUUCCUCAGCAAGAAUAAGUUUUUCAUAGCUUUUCUUUCUUUCUGGAGGGUAGCGACUUUUGCAUAACGCACACUUUCAAGAUGGCAGCGUACUGCACUAGCACUGAUGUUCAUACUCACUUUAGUUUGAGACGGAAUGAUUCUAGGAAACUGGAGGUGAAAGGUCUGAAUUCACGAGGGCUGUAGCUCUUCCUGAUUUUAAGUUCUCAGCAGUUAUUUGUACAUCUCCAUUAUAAAGUAGAUUUGCGCCAUUUUUACCUGUAUUGAAUUUGUAAACGCAUUUUAUAUAAAAACAUGACCUGCAAGACUUCACUUCCUAAGGAAAAAAAAAAAAAAGACAAAGAAAAUUCAUAUAAAACUCAGUAUAAUUUUGGGCACCUGAAUCUCAGUAGUAUUUUCAUUGCUGCUAAAUUUGGGAAAAAAAACUAUUUUAAAAUCAAAAUCAAAAAAUUCUAUUAGAUUUGGAAAAUUUGAUGACCAGCUAGGAAAUGUAGGAUCAAUCUAGAGCUGAAUGAACUGCUUGUCAAAACAAAUGUAUUGCAUCCCCAGAUUGCCUUAGCCAUUAUAUAAAUGUGAUCGUUAUUUGUUUAUUCCUUUUCCAAUGUUGUUGACUGAUAGUUACUGCAAACAUAAUUACUUCUGAGCAUUUCUUGAAGACAUUUGACCCCACCUGUUUUUGUUUCGUCUUGAGCAAGUCAUACAUCUACCUGGAGGUUUCAAGAGGGCUAUAAAAUGCCUACAGGUACAAACGCCUUCUCCUAGCACAGAUGUGCACAAGUCUGAUUUCCAGAUACUUACAUAAAUAUUUGCAGUACCUUUGAAAAUAAAGCUGUGUUCAUAGAAGCAUUUCUGUAACGCAAAUACCAGAAAUGCUGUUCAAGUAGAUGCUUGAAAUUAGCAUGUUUUGUUGAAUAUGGCAUAUGCAUUUUUUAUGCCAUUCCCACCGCCUGUUGGCAUAAUCUAGCAAGAGUAGAUCUUCUCUGUAGUUGUGCUUGUGAGCAAUGGUUCAUCAGCUGUGUCCCUACAGUUUUUUUAAGCUCAUUUUCCACAAGGAAGUACAACAUAGUAUUGCCUUCAAGAAUGCUUCUCUGCCAUCUCAAGGUGCAGGACACGAGUCCUGCCUUGUGCAUUACAGAAUAGCAUUUUUCCAGCCUGCAGGGAUCAUUGUUUCUGCUGCUUUUCUAGUGUACUCGUUUUGACUCCUGGCAUGGUUGGCUUGUACACAGUUAACGCUAACUAGUCUCAAAGCCGUGUGUGAAGGAGCCCAUGAAACACAACACAGCCUUAUGCUGAUGUUUCUGAAAAGCACAUACACACUUGCUCACGUCCCUCAGAAAUUUAUGAAACUGAACACAUAUUUAAAAUUGACUACGUAAUUUAAAGAGAUUUAAAGAACACUUUCAGAGUAAGGCCAUCAGCUGCUCCUCAAAGCCCUGGUCCAUCCCUUGUUUGCUGUUCCAUGAAUCCAGACUUGUACUUCAUAUAUCUGAGCAGUAUACUGAGCACACACUGGAUGUCACUGAAUUUGCAGCCUUUCAUAAAAGGGAAGUAUUGGGAAGCCUAAUGAGGAAUUAAAACUCAUUGGGACUUCUGUCCUUAAGGUAAGCAGGUUCUAAAAUUUGUGACUGGUUGAAAACAAUGGUAAGCCGUGACCUGUUUGGGGUAAAUGUUGUGAUGACAUGCAAGUUCUCAUUGCCAAAGAAAUCUGUGGUUUCAAGUUAAGUUAGGUCAGAAUAUGUUAGAUGAGACAUUGGAUGAUACUGUAUUUGCUGUUGAGGUGGAUGAAUCUGACAGGGUAAAACUUGAUAUAAUAAAUAUUUAAGAAUUCUUAGAGCAUUACAGUAGUGGUUGCAUUUGAUGCUCUGGGGAAUGUUUGUGCGAAGUUGUGCUUAAGAAACACUAUGUUAGCAGCAGAAUGCACCUUUGGACACACUUUGGCAUGGAUCUGAGUCAGAUAUUUCCUUCUGAACGAGGGGAACAAUGACAGUGCAUGUCCAAAACCAAGGAAUUACCACGAGAAUUUACUGCUUUCCAUUUUUCAGUGGAAUUGUUUGUGAAGUAUGUUUUUAAGAUAUGCUAUUCACAAUAUGAAGUUUACAGAAGGUCAGUAUUUAGAUAAAGGACUCAUCUAAUAGGGAUUGUGUCAGUCUUUGCCUGACCUGGCCCCCUGUCGGAACUUGUAAGUUACCACUGAACAGAAAUCACUUGGUUUUGGAGAUCCCUGCUCAUUUUUUCUGUUAGCUCGUGUGGCUGCAAUACACAUAUUUACAUUUACCAUUGUACGUGCCUUUUUUAUGGCAAUUGGACAUCAUCACUGUUAUCCAGAAUCUAAAAGCCUGGGUUGAUUACACCCUCCCAGAACAGCAGCAGAAUCACCAGGAGAUACUUAGAUUGGAGGAAGCUGAAAUUUUUAAAGCAUGUGAAGGUCUGUUCAUAACACUGUAGGCCUGUAAUACAUAAUGGGUUUCAGUCACGCUUUAUAUUGAAGUUCCACUUAAAAUUCUCUACAAGGAGUUAAUAAGCUAUUGCUGGACUUUAAGCAUUCUUUUCAGAUGUGGGUGUCAGUUGUAACAGGCGGCCAACAAGCAGCUCAUUCAGAAGAAGGUGGCAUAGAUUACCAAAAGCAACUUCUAAAUUUUUUAGUGAUUUUUAAAUGAUUGAUUAAGCUGUUGUUAAUAUAAUUAAUUAUACUUUAUAACUGCAGUGGAAACAGUGAUUGUGACCCAGAUUCCUUUAGCAGUUACUUCCUUCUUCCUAAGUCAAAGGUAACACGAGAAGCAUCAGUGAAAGUAAAACGCUGUAUUUGGAGAUUGCGUUGCUUAUUUCUUAGUGCAUCUAAAUAGGCCAAGUGAAGUCUUCAGGGUCAUCUUUUCUAAAAUCACAAAACUCAUGGUAUGAGCAGUAUCACUUGAUAGAGAAAGCAGUGAGGAGAGAUGCUUAACAUGGGUUUGUGCACCGUUUGACUGCAGAUCAAAGCAGUCUGCCGAGGCAAUAUACAUACAGGCAUAUUCAGGGUAAUCUACUUCUCUUGUGAUGAUGAAUGUGUAGAUAUCAAAAAAUGCACAGCACAGAUCUGACAAAAUACUGCCCUCCAACUCCCUGAUUCUGCAAACAAUUACUCUGGUGCUCAACUUCACCAAUAUGAACAGUCUUCCUGACAUAAAGGAGACUGCUUAUUUUCAGAAACGUAACAUAACUGUUAAAAAACUUAGCGUAGAUGUUGGUGGGAUGGAGGCCAGAGCCCUUCAGCCAGUGCUUGUUCUCAGGCUGCAUAUCGGUGCUCUUCCAAUGAGAGAAUGGAUGAGAAUUGUGCCUGAGGAGCAGAGGGAUGCUUUAAGUCUUUGUGGGCUAAAUCUGCUGUCCUCUGAAAUGUGCAGACAGAAUGCCAUUAGCAGAGGGGGCCUUAAGUCAGGUGCUUCACGGACACUUAAAAUGCUUGCAAGCUGGAUGUCAGAGCAGAGUAUGAGCUAACACAGAACUAAGGUCUUCACACUGGGAAUACUCUGCAGUCAGGAACGUGUGUGCUGACAGAUACAGCAAUGAUCUCAGACAGAGGUCCAGAGAAGUAACUGGUGGUGAUUGUGGAUGGCUUUUCAGCUUUGUGUACUUUAAGUCUCUGUCAGUGUAUUUGGAGUGUAUUUGUUUUAAGGUACGACAGCUUGCAGAGAGGAUCACCAAAAGGUAUACAGCAUAGAACUUAAGCUAUCUUGGUAUCAGGCACUAAUCCCUCUUUUAAUUUGCACAUUAAUUUCCUACGUACGUGACUAAAAAUACUGUAUUGUUAUAAACAAGAGGAAAAAACCACAGCGGUGUUUGUAAGUAUGUUCUGUUUGUAGACUUAAGGCUGUGUUAUGUUGGAAUUUUACAAGCCAAGUUUAAACUGUAAUAUAGAAAUUAUUUUUAUAUUAUUUUCAAAAUAUGCCACAGAGCAAUAUUUUGCGCCUUUAUUAUGAACAGGGUCAUCAUUUUAGUAGGUUACCUUCCAAAGUGCUGGUAGAAAUUAACCACGAAAAGAAAGCUUUGUAAAAAUGUGUGUUGUUUCUAACUGCUGUCUGUUGUGCACAUCUGUGUCUAAUGAGAGUUGAAUACACAGGUUUUUCUUUUUCUUAAUUGAAAAGCUUUAAAUUUUUCUUUAUAUAUUUUGGUAAAACACUGUUCCUCCCUAUCUCCUUCCAUUCUUCCUUCUGGUCUCUACCAAUAGCCACUUUUAUAAGCAGCUUAUGAAUAAACAUUCAUCUGGAAAGUUUCCUUACCAAAUGAAGCAUUUCUGCACUGCUACUGAUUGACCCGGGAUGUUGAGAACAUACCCUGCAUCCACUGAUGAAUGAUAAUUUUGCUUUUUAGAAAGAUGGGGUCUUGGAUUUACUGUUUCUGGCAAAUGAAAAUCAAGACUUAGUAAUCAGUGCAGUGAUUUAGCAUCUGUGGGAAGAAAAUCACUACAGAUCAUAGAAAUGUCAUCUUGUAAUUGGCAGAUGCAUUGUAUCUGAAUAUAGUUGAAAUGUGUUGCCUCCCUGCAGAUUAAGGUGUGCAGAAUUCAUUUCUUCAUGGGUUUUUGUACUGUACAUCCCAAUUACCUGUGAGUCAUCCUAAAAAGGACUUUAUGAACUGAGGCAUAUUUUAAAUUGGGAGUCAGUAAGAUUUUAGAAUUCUAACUUCUGUGAUUUUAUUUGCUUUUUUUUUUUUUUUUUUUUUUUAAUUUAAAUGAAUCUCCUAUUAAGUUAUGUACUCCAACCAAAAAGUAGGAUCUGGAUGCCUCAUGUGAUGAUUCUGCAUUCAGGUUUCUCCUAAUAAACAGACUGGUUUUAAGAUGGACUGAGCAUCAGUUUCUGGAGGAGAACAAGCUCCUGCCUCCAGAAAAUCAGGGCAGCAAUACUCCAACGCACAUUCAGGGUUUUGCUUAUUUUUCUGCUUAUUUUUACUCAGUGGAAAUUGCAUUUUAUCUUCAGUGUUUUUCCAUGUAUGAACAAAUAAUUGGGCUUAUUCAUGGAGUGAUUGCAUGCCUAUGGAGAGACUUGCUUUGUACCAAAAGACCAUAUUGUUAUACAUUAACCUACUGCAGUCAAAACAGGGCUGGUGUAUUCCACUGAUGUUCUUGUGUAGCGUACUCAUUUUUUUCCUCUCAAGUAAAUACACUGUUCUGAUUGCUGUUUUAUCUCCCAUUACCUGAAUGCAUGUACUGUAUCAGGAGAAUUGAAAUGGCUGAUGCACAUUUGCACUGUGGAACACGUGAUUUGGGUAAAAGCCACCAGGUUCCAAACAGCCUUAAAAUUACGACUCUCUGGGGACCAGGAGUCACUUAGCUGGAUGCAGCCUCUGCCCCACUUCUCAUUUAGCCAUGGCUGUAAAGCAUUCUGACUUGCUGUACUCUGCAUAAGUGUCUGCAUAUUCACCCAAACAACCUGUCACUUUAAAAGACUUUUUGCUUUAAAAACUUACAGUUCUUCAUAAGUGUCACCAUGUCAGAAGACCUUACUCAACAUAAGCGACGAGGCUAAAAACAGGUGAAUGUCAGCACCACAGUACUGCAGAAGGGAAGGUUAAGUUGUGUCAGGAACCAUUUCCUUUCAGGACUGGAAGCGUAGAUCUUUUUGUGUCCUGGGAAAGCAAAGGAAUGUUGCUCUGCCAUUUAUCUCUGCAUGUUGUAGCCUUUUACUUUGAUGCAGAGGUUUACCCUUUGCCAGAAAGCAAAUUCUGCAGUGUCCACAUCAUCUGAGAUUACAGAAGUAUGAACCAAUGUUAGAACUAGACAGUGCCUAAGGUGCCCCUCUGUGAGUGCUGUGUAUUUCACUUUCCUUUUCCCCUUUCUCUUUAUUCUUUUUUUUUUUUUUUUUUUUUUUUUUUUUUUUUUUUUUUUUAAGAGGGAAAUUAAAAACAAGAAAACUGGUAUGAUAAUGACUUAUUUUAUUCGUGUGCAAAAGCAAUGUGAACAAAAAAUGGCCUUAAGGCUGGGGCUGCGCUUUCAGGGAGCCAGGAGGUGAAAGGCUUUUUUACUUUUGAGGUAAAUCCCAUGGAAUUGUUUUGCUGUGAUGAAGUUGGGAUCCUUUGGCAUAGCACGUUUGCCCAGUGAAGCCUGGAGUUGUGUCAGGAGCCUGAGAGGCAUGGCUGACCCGGAGCAAACACAGUUCCUUGUGGCCCUUGGUGGCUGAGCUGUGCCUGCAGUGCAGAUGGCGUGGAACACUGGCUUGUUGUUGCCUCCAGUUUUAACUGACACAAAGCCUCUUUCCCGUGCUUUUGUUUAACAUAUGCAGAGGAUGUCAGAGCAAACCGUGGUGUCUCAGGCUAGGAGAGUGCCUGGCGUCUCUUUGUAGCGGGCUUGCAAUCAGGUGUAAAUUGAAGUACAGCCAUGUAGGCGUGGUAGAAGCGCUCUCGUCUCUACCCUUUGCAAACUGUGUGCAGUUCCGUUUUAAUACUAGCAGAUAUCAGGCAAUGAUUUUAUUAUUUAAUUGUUCAAGGUUCCAAGUUCUGUAAAUACGGUCUUUGUAGUGUGCACGUACAGUACACAGAAUGCUUUCCCUUGGAGCCUCAAGGAGUGUUGCACAUACAUAGUAUCAAUCUUGAUUCAACGUAAACCAAGGAAAAGAAACGGGGCUUAAGGCCAAGUUAAAUAAUGAAUGGUAUCAGACCCUCAGGCCUAAGCAGCGAGGAGUUCCUACUGUAGUAAUCCAGGUCAGCUUUGACAGUUUUGUAUGAAAUUCUGUCCAAAUGAUCUAGAUUAGGUCCCUGCUCUUUCCUGGGGAGGAGCAUUUACUUUGUGUCUUUUUCAAGCCCAUUGCUCUUAACUCUGGGAACUCUGUAUUGCAUUCAUGAUGUGCCAGCCUUACCAUGAUUCAGCUAUGAAACAGUUUUUCAAAACUGUGCAACUCUUGCAUUCCUAUUGGAAUCAGUCUAGACUUUAUUUUGCAUUCAGUUUUAAGAAAUAAGAUACUGUUACAAACUUCUUGUUAUGUCUCAAAGUUAACUUUUGCAUGGCGGAGAGGCAGUGUUCUCCUUGGAAGGCUUUGUUCCUCCUCAUUGAUUCUUGUGACUGGUGUGUUUGUGUGGAAAAAGUUGAAUGAGAUAUUGAAAACAUUGGUGUAGUUCAUCUGUAUUUCUGAUAUUCAGUAGGCUUUGUGUUACACAAUUCUGUGUUAAAACCUAAUGCCUUUCAGAUGAGGGUAAAUCUUGUAGGACAGUCCAAGUUGUUAUACACAAAAGGUAUGAGUAGCUAAUUGAUCACAACUUUAUUAUUGUAUAAUUUGCCCUCCCCAAAUUGUUCACACUUUUUUUUUUUUUUUGCUACUGCUAAUAUUUUCCUUUUAUGUUCUGCUUCCUGGACAAGUCUGAAAGCUCUUUGUUCUCAUCUGUGUAGGAUACAUUUUUAAGCCUCUGCUGCAUUUUCCCUCUCUGUGCAGUUUGCAUGCGGAGUAGCUUGUUUCCGCAAACAGGAUUUGAAAUAGCACAGGUGUCACACUCCAUUCAUAGAAGUUCAUUUACUCAUUUAUUGAGAGUCUCUCUUCAAUUAUAACCAUAGCUAUUUAUAUAGAAUAAAGAAUAAAACAGGACAGGUAAUGUGACUCUUUCUAAGAACCUUCCGAACCAAGUUCUUUUAAAACUGAAGCAAUGUGUUUGCACCUUCACUGUGUAUCUCAAAGAAGGGUGGUUGGCUCUCACCAACUCUCAAGUAAACGUUAAUAAGGAAUAAAGCAAGCCUUGCUGAUUUUUUUUUGGGGGGGGGGGGGGUUAAGAAUUUAAGUUCUUGGUGUAGUGGAACCAACCUUGUUUUUCAGAGCUUGUGUUUCAGUUGCUUCUAUUUCUUCUAUUUCUUCUACGUCUUCUAUAUAUUUAUAUUCUGCUAGCAGAGAUUGAUUUAGGAUUUCAAAAAGCAGUUUAGUAAGGUGUAUCUGAAACACAUUUCAAGCUGAAGCACCUUUUUAGGUUUGUCUGUAUUUGAUCAUUUUCAUGCAAGACUUUUGUUACGUGUGAAAGAAAUGAAUUUGUCUUUUCCCAUUGCCUUCCCUAGUCACAAUUCCAAGGUGUGGUUGGUUGGAGUCUCUUUUGCCUGCAGUGAAAACUUUUGGUCAUUUUUAAGCUGACUGCCAUAUAUUUCAAUCCACUGUUCAAAGGAAAUGAGCAUUCAGUAACGUUAAAGGAUAAUGAGUAUGUUUUGUUGUGAAAAGUGUGAGUUCUUGGGAACCUUUUCUACCUGCAGUUUUCAUUCUAAUUCAAUUUAAAUGUCAUUUUUAAUCUGAUCCAUAUUUGACAAAGAUGAUGUGUAAGAGCUGUUUUUAGCAGUUGGAUUGUUCCUUUGUAAAGUAUUAAAGCACUAAACCAAUUUUUGCAAUAGGUAGUAAAACUUGCUUAUGUUUUGAAAAACUUCCAGUUAUAACUGUCGCACUUUUUAUAGCAGAACUGUAUUUAAUUUCUUUCUUUUAUGAAAGAUUACUCCAAGUAACUGAUAGCUCUGUAAUCUGUGUGAAUUGACUUCUCAUUAUUUGAAACAGAGAGAAGCUAUAAUGCCUAUUCAAUAAAAUUAACUUAUUUCUAAAGUAUCUGUUUGCUUGAAUUCUUGGUACUGCUUUUUGUGUACCCUCCUUAGUAUAAGCAGGGGAAACUGAAACCUGGAAGAGAAGCACACAGGGGACAUGCUGCAAACCAGUGGGGAUUUAAUUGGCUUCUCAUAAACUUUCAUUCUCUUUCUGUAAAGUCACUGUUUCAUUUUACAUAAACAAAAUAAUUGGCAAAAGCCAGAAACCAGGCACUGUGAGGUCUGCUCAGCUUUUUUUAAUGCUCCCAAUCCCAUGGCUGUAAGGAUACGAAGUUUCCCUGUGCAAGGAGAGCAGUGCUGCAGCACUGUGCUGGGCUGCGAGCUGUGGCUGUCCUCAGGGGGUCAAUGCCUGGAGAUGACCUGAGUCAACAGCUGUUCUGGAACUGGAGUUGGUUGGCUGGCUGGUUUGGAUAAGUGCAGAAGAAAUUAUAUGGAGAUGUAGUAUGUUAUUUAAUGGUUAAUUAACCUUUUCUAUAAAAACUUGUUUCUGGGUAUGAAUUUGCAUGGCAAACAUCUGCCUUUGGGUCUCAUUGUUGCUUGUAGCCUGUGCUGGGCCUUUGGUAUAUCAGACUGAGCUUUCCAAGACUGUUGCCUUGGAAAAAAGUGUAUUUCCAGUUCUGUAACUUUCGUCGUGCCUGUGUUUGACUCUCCUGCUUUUUAAUGACUCCCUCGAUCUGUAGAUACCUGAAUUGCACUGAAAGAUUUUUUCUGAAGUGCACUCCAAAUGAACAAGAAUUAAUUCAGGCAGCCCCUGCUGCAGACUGCAUUAACAGUCUUUCUGGGCUUACGAUGUGCAAGGAAUUCUGCUUCAGCUGCCCUUUGAUCGAGUCUUUUUCCUGUUUCCUGAGCAAGAGCUGUCCACCUGUACAUCUUUACCUUCAAUAGUUGCUGUUUGAUAACCUCUUUGAACUGGAUAUAAAUCAGGUACCAGUGUGCAAACCCACCGUUAGGAUUUCCUUAAUCCCUAGCACAAACGUACUGAACCUGAAGACAGACAGAAGAGGCUACAGUUGUGCAGUUGUGCAAUAUGACCUGAUUCCUGCAUCCAUCCAGGGCUGUGUGAGUUCCACCAGUGCUGCAGGAAAACCCAGGGCAGACUUCUUUGAAAAACUGGAAUUUGCACUCAUAAACACUUCAAGACCUCCCUGGGGGAAGGACAUUAAAGCAAUGAAAUCAUCCUCAGGAUGCUCAGACUUAUAAAAAGGUUGAAAACAGCAGGAGUGAUUGGAAUGGAAGCCAAGAAGACCCCAAGGCUGUAUCUCCUCCACAAGGUUCAACUGCAUUCUCUUGCAGAAAACCGUCAAGGCAUGUCAUGGAUGUGCCUCCUUGAAUAGCUGGAGCUGCAACCCAUAAGGUGAAUCACUCCAAAGGACACAGUGACCAUGAUUGCGAUACAACAGGAAACAGAGGCUGUCUUAAGCAAUUUGUCUUACUAAGAUACAACUGUACAGAAGGUAAGUACCUUGAUAAACCAGUGAUGGGCAUUGGUUCAGUUACUCUAUUUCCGUAGUUCAGUUAAAACAAAUAAUUAAAAAAAAAAAAACAAAAGGAUAAAGAAAAUCAUUCAAGUCAGUGUGGUUUGGUUUGAGU